GCCCGCAGCUGACGAGUAAGGGACCGCGGGAUGGGGGGCGCGACCGACUGGAGAGGUGGGGGUGGGGCCCGGACUGCCGAGUUGUGUGGAAAGAGGCCCCGCCGACUUGCUGGGGUGCGCGAAAGGGUCAGUCUGUAAACUGGUAAAGUUGAAAUGCGAUCCAAGGAAGAUGGCUCAAGAAGGAGGCGUGUUGCCUCAGGCCCCGGCCUAGGUCGUUGGAUGGACUCUGUUGGAUGCAGACGUAACAGGGGAUCUGGAAUUGGAGAGCGGCCCGAGAGAGGGAGGAGAAGCAGCUUGAGGCAUCAUUAGAUGCACUGCUGAGUCAAGUGGCUGAUCUGAAGAACUCACUGGGGAGUUUCAUUUACAAGUUGGAGAACGAGUAUGACCGGCUGACCUGAAACUGAAAGCAUGUCCCUCUUUCCUAACCCCACAAUCCCUGGGAGCCAGUCUGGUACCUGCCCAGUCCAGCUGUAGUGCAGCCCUCUGUUCUGGACAGCUUUGCCUUGCUCUCUGGACAGUUGAAUACUUUGAACAAGGUCUUGAAGCACGAAAAGACACCACUGUUCCGUAACCAGGUUAUCAUCCCUCUGGUGUUGUCCCCAGACCGAGAUGAGGAUCUCAUGAGUUGAGGAGCCACUCCCCAAUAGUACCAAAUAACCCUGAGGCUUAUGUCCCCAAGGCAAAGAUCUUUCUUCUCCAAGACCUAUCUUGAACAAGAGCGGCAGACUGAAGGACGAGUGCCUGUUUUCAGCCAUGAGGUGGUCCCUGACCAUCUGAGAACCAAGCCUGAUCCUGAGGUUGAAGAGCAAGAGAAGCAACUAACAACAGAUGCUGCCCGUAUUGGUGCUGAUGUGGCUCAGAAGCAGAUCCAGAGCUUGAAUAAAAUGUGCUCAAACCUCCUGGAGAAAAUCAGCAAAGAGGAGCGGGAAUCAGAGAGUGGAGGUCUUCGGCCGAACAAGCAGACCUUUAACCCUGCAGACACCAAUGCCUUAGUAGCAGCUGUGGCCUUUGGGAAGGGGCUGUCUAACUGGAGACCUUCAGGUAGCAGUGGUCCUGGCCAGCCAGGCCAGCCAGGAGCCGGCACAAUCCUUGCAGGAGCCUCAGGAUUACAGCAAGUGCAGAUGGCAGGAGCUCCAAGCCAGCAGCAGCCAAUGCUCAGUGGGGUGCAGAUGGCCCAAGCAGGUCAAACAGGAAAAAUGCCAAGUGGAAUAAAAACCAACAUCAAGUCAGCUUCAAUGCAUCCCUACCAGCGGUGAGUGUGGCUGGCAAUCCCCACUCCCAGGUGCUCUUUGCAGAGGUGGGCAGUGAAAUUGCCUUUUGCCCAAAGCAGAACUAGAUGUGUACAAUAAAAAGAAUGUGAGCUUUCAGCACCAGACAAAUCCCAGCUUCACCACUGACUGACUGUGUGACCUUGGGCAAGUGACCUAAUUUUUCUGAACCCGUUUUCUUGUUUAUAAAUGGUGAUAACCUACCUCAUAGGGUUGUUGUGAGGAUUAAAAUGAGAAAAUGAAUGUAAAACA